AGUAUUAUUUUGGUUUUGGCUGAAGAAUGGCGUAGUUGAAUAUUCAAUAUUGUAUUCUUUUGAUGAAGUAUAGAAUAGACCGCGGGAAACAUACUUGCGUUGAUUUUGUUCUUUGGAUAUAAACGAUAUUAGAAGAGAGGAGAAUCGAACUUAAGAUCUUAGAUGCAAAAAUAAAUACUCUGAACCACAAAUCUUUACAUCAUUUUUAUCAAAGUAAGUAAAUAAGAGCCAAAAAAAACAAAAUAAAUUAGAAGAGGGGUUGACCCAAACAUUUAUCUCUCCACGAACGUUUUCCCUCUCUGUCUCUCUCCUCUUCAAUUCUCUGCCAUUAACGAGGGGUUCUUUUCUGGAAAAAAAAUAAUUAUUACGAAAAUGCCUCUCUGGCUCCGCCUCUCACUCUCAUCACUCUGUUCUCGCAUCGCUUUUUCUCCCUCGCAAAGAAAGCGUUAUGUUUCUCUCUCCUCCUCUGCCUUAAAACCCACCCAGGCCUAUAUAUAUCUGUACAUAGCCGCCAAUAGCCCUGAGCUGUGUUUUGCUUUUCCUUACUCACUGAAAUUUCAUAUCAAGCAAAAAAAAAAGAAAAAAAAGCAACCCCAACUUUGUACUAUGCUUUCUUUCUAAUAACUGUCCUCUUGCCUUUUCUGCUUCUCUCAUUAUUUGAUUGUUGCCUCUGCAUUUUAAGCCCUCACCUUUUCUGCUCCUCAGUCCUUGCCUUGCUCUUUGGGCUGGAAAGAGAUAGAAGAAGCUAACAAAAAAUCACUUGCCAUAUAUAUAUUAGGUAGGAGGAGUCACCAAUAUCUCCUUCAGACCAUUUUAUUGGGCAUCAAAGAAAACAAAAAUGGCAGAUAAAGACCCUGAUAUUUGUUCCCACAAAUUCCCUUCUGCUUUUCAGGUAUUGGAAGAACUAAGAGAACUAUGGGGCAUGGCCUUUCCCAUUACAGCCAUGAACUGUUUGGUUUUUGUCCGAGCUGUGGUUUCAGUCCUAUUUCUAGGCAGGCUUGGAAGCCUAGAGCUAGCAGGAGGUGCCCUCUCCAUAGGCUUCACAAACAUCACUGGCUACUCUGUGUUGGUGGGUCUUGCCUCAGGCCUAGAACCUGUUUGUAGCCAAGCCUAUGGGAACAAAAAUUGGGAGCUUCUCACUCUGUCCCUCCAAAGAAUGGUCCUGAUCCUUCUCUUGGCAAUAAUACCCAUCAGCCUCUUAUGGCUCAAUCUUGAAACAAUCAUGGUGUUCAUGGGACAAGACAAAGCAAUCACAUCAAUGGCUGCCACUUACUGUUUGUAUUCAAUCCCAGACUUGUUAACAAACACAGUUUUGCAGCCUUUGAGGGUUUUUUUGAGGUCGCAGAAAGUGACCAAGCCAAUGAUGUACUGUUCAAUGAUAGCUGUGGCCUUCCACGUGCCCUUGAACUGGGUUUUGGUGGAGGUGAUGGGGCUUGGAGUGCCAGGAGUGGCCAUGGCGUCGGUGCUGACGAACCUGAACAUGGUGGUGCUGAUGGCAGCGUACGUGUGGUGGGGAUGGAGGCAGGGGGAGAUGAGAUGGAAGGCCGGGAUUGGAGAUUUGUGUGGUGGGAUUGGAUCACUGUUGAAGUUGGCAGUGCCAAGCUGCUUGGGCAUAUGUUUGGAGUGGUGGUGGUAUGAGAUUGUGAUUGUGAUGGCUGGUUAUUUGCCAAAUCCUACUGUCGCUGUGGCCGCCACUGGGGUUCUUAUUCAAACCACUAGCAUGAUGUACACUGUCCCCAUGGCCCUUGCUGGCUGUGUUUCUGCCAGGGUUGGGAAUGAGCUUGGUUCAGGCAAGCCAUACAAGGCCAAGCUAGCAGCCAUGGUAGCAUUGGGAUGUGCAUUUGUGAUUGGCAUCGUCAAUGUGACAUGGACGGUGAUUCUUAAAGAGAGGUGGGCUGGCCUGUUCACCAAAGACGAGCUGGUCAAAAUCUUGGUUGCAUCAGUUAUGCCAAUUAUGGGGCUUUGUGAGUUAGGCAACUGCCCUCAAACUACUGGCUGUGGCAUCCUACGUGCCACAGCGCGCCCGGCUGUGGGUGCCCGUAUCAAUUUGGUCUCUUUCUAUUUUGUGGGCACUCCUGUUGCGGUCGGGCUAGCCUUCUGGCUCAAGGUAGGGUUUGGUGGGCUUUGGUUUGGCCUUUUAUCUGCUCAAGUGGCUUGUGCGGUGUCUAUUCUCUAUGUUGUGCUGGUCAAGACUGAUUGGGAGGCUGAGGCUUUGAAGGCCAAGAUGCUCACAGGCUUGGAAAUGGGGGUUUGCAAUGGGGUUAAAGAAAAAGGCCAUCAAAAUGAUGAAGAAAACAGGUUAUUGAUGCAUGGAGAUGACAAUAACAAUAAUAAUAUAGAUGAUGAGAUUUUUUAGGCGUAUGUGGGGAUGGGUUUUGAUGUGUUUUGACUCUUUUGAUGUGACCGGCUUUAUGGGGGUUUCUGCUUUUGUUGUGUAGUUGCUUUACUUACUUUUUUUUAGGCUGAAGGGGCUGCUGAGCUGACUCAUGCGUAGAUUUUUGUGUUUUGGCUUUGUGUGAGCUGCCUCUUAAUUUGUUUUCAUGGG